CACACCGCUGUGGAAACACCUCCUGGAGGAGGAGGAGGAGGAGGAGGAGGAGGAGGAGGAGGCUUUGUUUUUAUUUGGGAGGAAUCAUUAAAGUCAGGAUUCUGCAGAGGAAGAAGAGGAACAAACCUUCUGUGGUUUUCACUGAUUUUCUUUCUGGAAGGAAACAAAUCUGAAACUUCUUCAUGAACUCCUGGAUUUAACAAAACCUCUUUAAUCUGAUUUAAUAACAUUAAGUUUAUACAUCAGAUCAUGUUAUGAACAUUAAUAGUGUGAUCAACACUGAUUAUGCUUCAUAGUGGCAUUUAUUAAGAGAGAGAGAAAGGUGUUUUCUUUUUGGUUCCGAUUGGAGGAAACUUUUCUUUCUACAUUGUAUCAGACCUCCAGACCUCCAGACCUCCAGACCUCCAGACCUCCAGACUUCCAGACCUCCAGACCUCCAGACCUCCAGACCUCCAGGCUCCUCCCGGGAGCCUCGACCAGCCCUCCCCGCCCAACGAGCACCAUGAAGCGGCCGUGUGAGGACAGCAGCUCGGCGGAGAGUGAGCUGGAGGAGAACAUCGAUGUGGGCAGUGAGAGCAUCUAUGAUGGACACGUGAAGGCGUCCUUCAUGAGGUGUGGGUCACCGACAACGACCACGCAAGUGAUGGCGAGGAAAAAGCGCAGAGGGAUUAUCGAGAAGAGACGCAGAGACAGAAUCAACAGCAGUCUGUUGGAGUUACGGAGACUCGUCCCCACGGCGUUCGAGAAGCAGGGUUCAGCCAAACUGGAGAAGGCAGAGAUCCUGCAGAUGACUGUGGACCACCUGAAGGUGCUGCAGGCCACCGGAGGGAAAGGUUACUUUGACGCCCACGCUCUGGCUCUGGACUUCCUGUCUCUGGGUUUCAGGGAGUGUGUGACGGAGGUUUCUCGUUACCUGACCUCCGUGGAGGGCCUGGACUCCGGCGACCCUCUGCGAUCCCGCCUCCUCUCCCACCUCACCUCCUGCUCCUCUCAGCGUGACGCCGCCGCCCUCGCCUUGACCUCCCAUCCGCCACAUCUCCACCACCUCCACCACCACCACCACCACCUCCACCAGCAGCAGCCUCACCCUUUACCCCCCUUCCACCCCCACCACUGGGCCGCUGCAUUCGCCACGGCGGCGACGGCGGCGUUUCGACCUCUUCCGGCCGCCGCUGCGUCCUACGUGACUUUGUCUCCCGACUCCGGAGAAGGUGGAGCCCCCCAGAGGCUGCUGGAGAUGUCACAGCGCGGUGUCGCCUCCUCCUACUCCACCCAAGCAGACUCCACCUCCUCUCCUUCCUCCUCCUCUUCCUCGUCUCUCGUGCUCACCUCCCCUCUCUCCGCCUCCCUCCUCUCCCUCUCGGCGUCGUUUCCCAUCUCCCUCCACGGAGGUUUCCCCAUCCUCCCUCCCUCCUCUUUCACCUCCGCUGUCACAACCACCAGUCCUCCCAUCUCCUCCUCUUCCUCCUCCUCCUCCUCCUCCUCCUCCUCCUCCUCCUCCACCCAGACUCCUCACAGCAGCAGUAAACCCUACAGGCCGUGGGGAACCGAGGUCGGAGCUUUCUGACUAACUUCUGACACUUUAAACACUUUUAUCACCAGUGAACAAAAACUACUUAUAAACCAAGUUUUCACCCCAAACAACUAGUUGCAUUAACUGGUUAACCUCUGAGAUGUUUCUACUCGUUUCCACCUGAUGAUUUCACAAAGUGACCUGUUGUUCUUUUUCAUUCGUUACUUUUUUUGUGUUUCACAAAGUUCAACUUCUGCGUUGUUGUUUUUUUGUCCAUUAAAGAUUUGAUGCACUAAAUGGAU